GCCGCCAUCUUAGGAGAGGCAGGAGUCGAGGGGGAGCAACUGGCCAGGUUGGGAGGCUCCAAAUUCUCUGAGCGCAGGGGGCGGGGGAGAGGGAGUCAGGACCCGCCCCCGGCCGGAGAGAACCCAGGAGUCCUGGCUCCCAGCCCCGCCCGCCAGCCCACGGGGAGGGGGAGGGAUCCAGGUGAGCCGCAGGGGCCGGCCCCGCCCCCGGCUAUAAAGCACCUGCCAGCAGGUGCGGGUGGGGGAGGAGCCGCCAUGGCCCGGAAGGGCCGAUCCCUGAGCGCCAGCAGCCGGGACCCCCCCGCCUGGAGGAGAUUCCAGCUCCCCCUGGCCAGCUCCCCCGAGGCGCCGGCCGGGACUGGCAUGGCCGCGGUGUGGCAACAGGUGCUGGCUGUGGACGCGAGGUACAACGCCUACCGCACGCCCGGCUUCCCGCAGUUCCGCACCCAGUACAUCCGGCGGCGCAGCCAGCUGCUGCGGGAGAACGCCAAGGCUGGGCACGACCCCGGCGCCCGCAGGCUGUACCUGCGGCUGCGCGCACAGCUCCUGGCACAGCGCUACGGGCCCCUCUCCGAGCAGAGCAGCUUCCGCGCCUACAGCAACAGCAUCGUCCGCAGCAGCCGCACCACGCUGGACCGCAUGGAGGACUUUGAGGAUGAUGCCCGGGCAUUGGGGGCCCGUGGCCAUCGCCGCUCCGUCAGCCGUGGCUCCUACCAGCUACAGGCGCAGAUGAACCGUGCGGCAUACGAUGAGCGGCCCCCUGGCAGCGUGGUGCCCACGUCGGUGGCAGAGGCCAGCCGGGCCAUGGCUGGGGACACGACGCUGAGCGAGAACUACGCCUUCGCUGGCAUGUACCACGUCUUCGACCAGCACGUCGACGAGGCCGUACCCAAGGUGCAGUUUGCCAACGACGACAAGCACCUGCUGGCCUGCUGCUCGCUGGACGGCACCAUCUCGGUGUGCCAGCUGGCGCCCGCCCCGCCCGCCGUGCUGCGGGUGCUGCGGGGCCACAGCCGCGGCGUCUCCGACUUCGCCUGGUCCCUCUCCAACGACGUGCUGGUCUCCACCUCGCUGGACGGCACCAUGCGCAUCUGGGCCGCCGGCGAGGGCAAGUGCAUCCGCCAGAUCCCCGACCCCGACGGCGCCGAGCUGCUCUGCUGCGUCUUCCAGCCUAUGAACAACAACCUCACGGUGGUGGGGAAUGGGAAGCACAACCUGCAUGUGGUGAACAUCUCGACGGGGAAGAAGGUGAAGGGCGGGUCGAGCAAGCUGACGGGCCGGGUGCUGGCGCUCUCCUUUGAUGCCCCCGGCCGCCUGCUCUGGGCCGGCGACGACCGCGGCAGCGUCUUCUCCUUCCUCUUCGACAUGGCCACGGGGAAGCUGACCAAGGCCAAGCGGCUGGUGGUGCAGGAGGGCAGCUCCAUCACCAGCAUCUCGGCCCGCUCCUGGGUCAGCCGGGAGGCCCGCGACCCCUCGCUGCUCAUCAACGCCUGCCUCAACAAGCUGCUCCUGUACCGGGUGGUGGACAACGAGGGGACCCUGCAGCUGAAGAGGAGUUUCCAGAUCCAGCAGGGCUCCCACCCUGUGCGCAGCAUCUUCUGCCCACUCAUGUCCUUCCGCCAGGGGGCCUGCGUGGUGACAGGCAGCGAGGACAUGUGCGUCUACUUCUUCGACGUGGAGCGCGCCAGCCGGGCCAUCGUGAACAAACUGCAGGGGCACAGCGCCGCCGUGCUGGGCGUCAGCUUCAACUGCGACGAGAGCCUGCUGGCCUCCAGCGACGCCAAGGGCAUGGUCAUCGUCUGGCGCCGCGAGCAGAAAUAGGGCUCCCGGCCCCCCGCCCCACCACCCCGCUCCCCUUGGAGCCGGGCUCUCUGGCCCUGGCGGCUGAGGGGCCUGGGUGCCCUCUGACCCCAUGUAACCCUUUGUGGUCCUUGCCCCCCGCCGUGUCUUCUCCCUGGGGGUGGGGCCCCCCGUGCUUCACUCGCUUCCUCCCUCCUGUGAGCCAGGAUGCCUGGGUUCUCUUGCUGGCUCUGGCUGUGGGGGAGCCUCAGGCUGCUGGUGUGACUGGGGCAGGACCCAGAGCUGCUGGCCCCCCUGCUGGCAAGGGGUUACAUUAUUUCCCGGGGGGGAAUGUUACAGGGGCAGGUUGCCAUCAGUGGGCAGCUUGACCUACAGCCCUGCUUCAUGCUGCUGGCUCUGCCCAGAUCCCUGGGGUGAGGGGCUCUGCGCAUGCCCCCCCCACACCCAGCCGUAGCCGCAGACAGAGGCAGCCUCUCGCAGUCGGUUCCCUGGGGCUGCCCUCACUCCCCUGGGGUACACUGCUGGCAUGUCCCUUUGGGUCAUGGCUGCCACGGAGCCUCCAGCCUAGACAGCAGGACACCUGGGUUCCAUGCCUGGGUCUAAGUCCCUGUGCCUCAGUUUCCCCAUCAGUAGUAGAGGGCAAACGAUACUAACAGGAUGUGAGAGCCGCUGCUGGAAAGCGCUAGCAGAGGCUAAGCAUUAUUAGAGGCUCCUUCCUCUGCCUUGGUGAUUGAUGCCUUCUGCUGUCCCCAGCCCCCAGGAGGCCAGGUUCUCGGAGGGGUGGAUUUAGGCAGCUGAGGUUCCUGCCCUGACCUGUGCCAGCAGUGCUGAUGCCAGCAUGGGAGGAAGGGCCGGGGCUGGGCAUAUCUGGGGGGCCCUGCCUCACCUUCCACACAAAUAACAGCUGGGGCCUGGACCAGUCCCCAAACUGAGAGUGUAAAAGGACAGUUUGCCCAGCACUGAGAUGCAACCACCUCUGGGGCAGGGCAGCUAGGGAACAGCUGUGUAUAACGCAUCAUGGGGCAGCUUGCCCAGCACUGACAAUGCAGCAACCACUGGGAUGGGACACCUGGGGAACAGCCACACAACAAAACUGUCAGCCAGUUUAGGACAGGAAGUGAAGCAAACUCCUCCAUCUGAGUUAGUUAAAUCCAUAUAAUCUUUUCUUUGCACUAAGAGGUUGGAAUUAAACAGACAGCUCCAGCCAUUAUAACCAUGGGGCACUGUUCCCACAAGCCAAAAUAACCAGAUACCACCACCAGGUGCAGAAUCAAACCAUCUAAUUGCCUUGAUCGCAGACAUAGGCCCCCCUGCCCCCCAACCCCAGCUCCCUUCCCUCCCCCCCCCCCC